AUGCCUUCCAACCCAGACAGAUUCUACGAAGAGCGAGAACUACUCUUCAGAAAAUUGAACAUGCUGGUAGUCUACACAAACGACAUCACCAAAAAAGACCUAGAAUGGAGCAUGUUUGUCAACCUCAAGGAAGUCAAGAACCGCCUCGAGGCCCUCAUCGAGCAGGAAGCUGACACGAUGGACGAAACUAACAAAUUGAUAGCUGAACGUUGCACAGAUUAUAUCGUCAUGAUGGGCACACAACUAAUCAGGGAGCCAGUGGAUCGCGACUAUGUUUUUCCGGAGCUGAUCCAUAUGAUCAAGAUGCAAGUUGGGCGGUUGAGACUUAAGGGAUGGGAUGAUCCGCUUGCGGAUCGUCGGGAUCAACAAGCAGAGGAGUUGGAUGUUAGGUAUAAGGUGAGGACUCCGGCGGCGAUUUUCACAGCGGGGUGGAUGUAUUUGAAUUUGUAUUAUCAUAGUACCACUGCGAGGUGGUGA